AUGAUGAGGGUUGGGAGGGAAGAAGUCAGGAGGAUAGGAAGACCAUGCGCUGAGGUGUCGAAGAGGAACAGUGGAAAGCGACUAGGUCUCACGUACGACGCUGCUUCACACCUGGGCAUGCAGAGCGUUGGAGCUGUUUGUGCAUUCCAAUUUCUGAUAGCGGCAACUCAGGGAGAGGAGAGCGCGAGAGUGUCGUCAUCGAUGGAGUACACCAACACGGAUGUUGCUGCGUUGAACGUCCUGUUGGAAGCACAGUCGAAGUCAGCAGUGAACGACCUGUUCCUGAUAGCGUUCGCAUGCAGGAGCGAGAGAGCGCCGUCGGUCCAGCUGCAGGCUGCUAGUGAGAUGCUGGGAGGAGUUGCAGUGGAGAAAUGCCAGGUGCGAUGA